AUGAACUUCACUGCUUGGUCCGUCAUUCUCCACUGCCCCGUUUCCAGAGGUGGACCCGACAUUGAUCCAAGUGAACAGAAAAAAAUCCGCCAUUGGAUCUACAGAGACUAUUACCUUGCCGACGAGCCCGAGUCAGAGCUGGUGGAGUGGAGGGCCCACAUACACGGAGGAAGGAAGAUGGAGCUGCCGCAUCAGAAGCACACGUCUGACCUACAACCCUAG